CCUGGAGACUCUCUUGUAACGGGCUCUGGCCGUACAACGACACAAUCCGUCACAGCCAAAAUGAGAAAAGAACAAAAAAAAACAGCUGUUGAUAAACACUACCUCGUUUUAAGGAAAACGAGAGCGUAUUAUAUUAUAGAUAUUUUAUAAGGUAAUAAUUUUCAUUUUUAUGCGUACUGGAACUGAAAAAACAAUUUUGUCAAAGCCCACAACUGCGAAAGUGAAACCGAAAGUCACAAAGUAUCCGAAAAUGUAAUGCAAAGGAACCAUGCAACUCCAAAAGCUUCGUUGAAAGAAGUUUGUGCUAAGACUAAUAUUUGAUAUCUUUCAUUCAUUUAUUCUUCAGGGCUUAUGACCUAUAUUUUAAUGCACUUCAGAACGUGUAUGUUGUUGUAAGUGGGCUUUAAGUUUUGAGUAAUGAGCAUGAUCAAGAAAGACCAGACUUCUCUAAUGCUGUAACCUUUUCAGUUUGGUGUAUUAUUAUAUAAUACAUAUUAAGAUGAUCUCAAAGGCUCACCCCAUCUCCAGAGCUGCAUUAGCAGCACAUGUCUAUCUGCUGUGCUGUGAACUUGUUCUGUGGGCAUGUGUGUGGACUGCACUGCUGUGGCUGGAUGGAGAGGGCAGUUUGGACUUAAGGUGCCUGUGGGCUUUCAGGAUCAUCAGCUGGGCUGUGCUUUAUUCACUAACCACACAUAUUGCUGAUAAAAGUGUUCAGCCCCUCCUGAAGCGCUGGGUGGCCUUACAGAGCUUCCUACCUGCAGUAUUUGACAGUGUUGCUCAGCCAUUGCUGCAAGAGAUUGUGAGGGGGUUCAGCCCUAUGCCUGAUCCUGGCAUGGUGAUCCUGAGCUCUGUUACAUCUUCUCUGAUAUAUUUGGUGUGGGAGGUGGCUUUCCCACAUGGUGGAUCAGCUAAGGGUGCCAGAAUCCAGGAGGAUGAAGAGGCCAAGACACUCCUGAUGAGAGUGAUUCGUUACUCCAGACCCGACUACCUUCACCUAGGGGCUGCCUUCGUCUUCCUCAGUCUGGCAGCGCUAUUUGAGACAUUUAUUCCAUACUGCGUUGGAAAAGUUGUUGACAUAUUGAGUGGUAAAUAUCAGCAUGAAAACUUCUUGUGGGCCACUGGACUCAUGGCACUGUGCUCACUAGGAAGUUCUGUGUUCACUGGUCUGCGCGGCGGGAUGUUUAUGUGUAGCCUCAGCAGACUCAACAUGAGAAUUCGACACAUGCUGUUCCAGAAUCUUAUGAAGCAGGAGAUAAACUUCUUUGAAGAAAACAAACCAGGUAGUCUCACAUCACGUUUGAUCUCUGACACUGAUAAGAUGGGUCGUUCUGUGGCCAUGAAUGUGAAUGUGUUACUGCGGAGUCUGGUGAAGACAUGUGGCAUGCUGUUCUUUAUGCUGCGCCUGUCCUGGCAGUUAACACUUCUCACAUGCAUCGAAAUGCCACUUCUUGCUUUCAUUCAGAAUUCCUACAACAACCUCUCCCAGAAAACAUCCAUAGAGCUUCAAGACUGUAAUGCAGAGACUGCAGAGUUGGCAUAUUCUGUCAUUAAGUCUAUGAAGACAGUGCGCAGCUUUAAUGCAGAGGAUCAGGAGAAAAGAAGAUAUGAACAGAUUUUGGACAGAAAACUCCAGGUUUUGAAAAGGAAAGGCAUCUACAGUGCUGUUUUCCUCUUAAUACGAAGGUUCAUUACAGUGGGCUUGAAGGUAGAAAUGUUGUUCCAAGGCCGUAAUCUCAUCUCAUCUGGACAGCUAAGCAUCGGCAGCCUCCUUGCAUUUGUGUUUUACCAGAAGGACAUGGUGACCAACAUGAGGCAUCUUGUUUAUAUCUAUGGAGACAUGCUAAACACUGUGGGCUCAGCAGUGAAGGUGUUCCAGCUGCUCGACAGGAAGUCACAGAUGAAAGAAAUGGGCAAUCUGGCCCCAAAAAAGCUUGAGGGAAAACUGACCUUUGAGAAGGUCACCUUUUCGUACCACUCCCGCCCUGAUGAAAAAGCACUCAAGUCUGUGACAUUGGAAUUGAGUCCAGGAAAGGUGACAGCAUUGAUAGGGCCCUCUGGUGGUGGGAAGAGUUCUUGUGUCUGCUUGAUGCAGAGAUUCUAUGAACCACAGGAGGGUGAAGUGUUCCUGGAUGGAGUACCUCUGUACCGUUACCAACAUCAAUACUUGCACCAAAAGGUGGUGAUGGUAUCCCAGAAACCUGUGCUUUUUUCUGGCUCUGUGAGACAUAAUAUUGAGUAUGGUUUGCAAGACUGCACCAUCGAAAGAGUUGAAGAGGCUGCUCGGAAAGCCAAUGCACACGACUUCAUAUGCAUGUUGGAACAGGGAUAUGACACAGACGUUGGUGAAUGUGGUGACCAGCUGUCUGCUGGGCAGAAGCAGUGUAUUGCUAUAGCCAGAGCUCUGAUAAGGAACCCACAGAUUCUCAUCCUAGAUGAGGCCACCAGUGAUACGGACUACAGCGCACAAGCAGUUCAAGACCUACUCAACAAAACAGAUCAGACAGUACUGGUGAUAGCUCAUCGCUUGGAGACGGUAGAGAAAGCAGAUCACAUUAUCUUCAUGGAGGAAGGGAAAGUUGUCGAGCAGGGAACUCAUCAGCAGCUUAUGGCAAAAGAGGGAAGAUAUUAUCGAAUAAAGGAAAAGCUUUUCACAGAACCAACAAACUAUUGA